CGAUCCGAAACGAAAACCAGUAACCACCCUCCACCACCGCGUGCUCCGUGCUCAUUCCCCAUCUGCCAUCUCGGCUCCUCCCAACCCAAACGACAAAACCCUAGCCUCCUCUUCCGUGUGAUGGGAUGCCGUCUAAACCCUACCCCCACUCCCUGACCUCCUCUACUUCCUCCGCCGCCGUGGCCCCCGCGACCUGGAUGUCCGCAUCUGCAUGGACGGCGCCCGAGUCCUGAUCGCCGCUAGUGCCACCGCCGUCUGCUGCCUCGCCUGCGCUGUCUGGAUCUUCCGCUCCUCUUCCUCCUCGUUCCCCGCAUCCUCAAAUAAGCACCAACCCCCUCCCGCCAACUUCUGCGGCUGCGCUUCCUGCGGCUGCCGUGACGCCAAGUCCGCCAACGGCGAGAUGGCCGUGGGCGGGGAGAACAAGAAGAAGGCGCCGGAGCCUGCUCCGCCGGAGGCGCCCUCCAUGAUGGAGCAGCUCGUGCCCGAGAUCACCACCCACGCGCUCAGCUACCUCGACUACACCAGCCUCUGCCGUCUCUCCAUGACCAACUCCGCCAUGCGCCGCGCAGCCGACGACGAUGGCGCCUGGAAGGCACUGUAUCACAAGGAUUUUACGGUGGAGCAGGGUACUAUAAAUCCUCCUAAUGGAUGGAAGGCAUACUAUGCGGCUACAAAAGCCAUUAUUAACCUUAAUGCAGAGUUCUACAAUAUUAUCAGGGAAGGGUCCUUACCAGCAAUGAGCCGUUUUUGGCUUAAUGCGGACUAUGUCAAGUGUAUUCAUGCGACUGGGGAGUUCUGCACUGGAUACAACGCAGUGAUGGAGAGUUGGGGCAUGCUGUUGAACUGGGGCCAAGACGGAGGAGGGGGGCAGGGCAUUGCCUUGCAGAUAAGGGACGUCCGUGUGCGUGUGCUCGGUGAGGUGGCAUGGGUGAACAUGAAGGCGAACGUGCUGUUCCAUGUGACCAACGUCUACGAGCUCUGUAACGGCAGGUGGUAUAUGGUCCAUCACCACAGCUCGCUCAUGGCUGACCCUCCUCCGCACAAUAUGUUUGCUUGAUGUGCUAUUCUUGAGCGGAGAUUAGAUUAUCGGACGAAGAUUUCCUACCUCCUCCCCACAACCCUUUUAUUCGUUGUGGAUCUGCUGUUUGUUGGUAUUGCUCUGGAUCUCCGUUCCGCAGUUUUGUACAGAUGUGUUUUAGGUGGUAAGGCUUAUUAUAAAUUGGUGGCGCCCUGGUUGCCGCGGCUGACUUGAUUUAUCUGGCCUGCUUCCAGACGGUGCGAGUUGAUGAGUAAAAUCCUCAUCUUCUAGAACGGUCGAAGCUCAAUGGUGUUUGUUCUACUGACUGGACUGAGUCAUGGUCUGGUAGCUGAUGAUGAUUCCG